UUGAUAAGAUGUCAUCAGCUCCUGUUCUGUAUAUAAGUGAAGCUCAACAUUUAGAGCCACAACCUCCUAGAUAGCUCUGCUGAAAUUGUGAAGACUUGAAGCAGGAGAGAUAACUGUAACCAUGCUGAAGGUAGUACUUGUGCUUGGAUGCCUCCUGAGCCUUGCUCUUCCUCAUCCUAUGGAGACGGUGCACAAGCGCCUUACUCGGUCAAAGUCUGACUCUGACUCAGUCUCUGACUCUGACUCCAGUGAGCGUACCACCACCACCACCACCACCACCACCACCCAGCCUAGGCUGUCUCUGCAACAGCAACAACAAUUGAUCCAAAUCCUGUUAAACCUCCUCCGCCCUACAACUGCUGCCCCGACUACUACUACUGCAGCUACAACUACUACUGCAGCCACUACUACUACUGCAGCCACUACUACUACUGCAGCCACUACUACUACUCCUGCACCUACAACUACUACUGCUCCACCUACUACUACUACUCCAGCUGCUACUACCACUCCUCCUUAAUAAAAUCUGAAAUUUUACCUGCAGUCAGUGUGAAUUAAAAUCAGUAUUCAUCACUUUUGUUUUUCUGUCAGUAUUUCAACAAAUAUUUCUGUUCUGAUUUCUGUUCUGUAAAUCUGCUCUGAAUUUUAACUCACCCUUCUGGUACAAUUAAAAAUGUGGAAUAAGUACCUGUAAAAUAAACCUCGUACAUGGAAAAUGUU